AUGCAGGGAGCAGGAGGAAAGCGAAGGGUCGCCUACUUCUACGAUGCCGAAAUCGGGAACUUUUACUAUGGACCGGGGCAUCCUAUGAAGCCUCACAGGAUUCGAAUGUGCCACAAUCUCCUAUUGAACUACCGUCUUUAUGAAAAGAUGGAUGUCUUUAGACCUCAACCCGCGACAGAGCGGGAUAUGACCAAGUUUCAUGCUGAUGAUUACGUCCAAUUCCUCAAGAUGAUUACUCCUCAAAAUAUGCAUGACAACAUAAAACAGCUACAGAGAUUUAAUGUCGGUGAAGAUUGUCCGGUUUUUGAUGGAUUGUACGACUUUUGUCAGUUGUCAGCUGGUGGGUCCAUCGGCGGUGCAGUCAAAUUGAACAUGCAAAAGGCAGAUAUUGCAGUCAACUGGGCUGGAGGGCUCCAUCAUGCCAAAAAGUGUGAAGCCAGUGGUUUCUGCUAUGUCAACGAUAUUGUAUUAGCAAUCUUGGAGUUGUUGAAGGUUCAUCAACGUGUGCUAUACGUUGAUAUCGAUAUCCAUCAUGGAGAUGGUGUCGAAGAAGCGUUCUACACUACAGAUCGUGUCAUGACGGUCUCCUUUCACAAGUACGGAGAGUAUUUCCCUGGCACGGGAGAUAGCAAAGACAUUGGGGCAAAGGGAGGCAAAUAUUACAGUGUCAACUUUCCUUUGAGAGACGGAAUUGAUGACGAGACGUACAAAUCGAUCUUCGAGCCAGUAAUGCGAAAGGUCAUGGAGCAAUACCAGCCAGGAGCUGUUUUUCUGCAGUGUGGUGCCGACUCCCUUGUUGGAGACAGACUUGGAACAUUCAACUUAUCCAUCAAAGGUCAUGGAAGGUGUGUAGAGUUUAUGAAGAGCUUUGGGAAGCCACUUCUAGUUGUUGGAGGAGGAGGUUGUUACACAAUUCGAAAUGUGGCAAGGUGCUGGGCAUACGAAACUGCUCUAGCCCUUGAUGAACAGUUGCGCAACGAAUUGCCAUACAACGACUACUACGAAUAUUUUGCUCCCGAUCACCAUUUGCACAUCUCACCUUCAAACAUGGAGAAUUUGAACUCGCCAGAUUACUUGAACAAGAUCAAAGAAAGAAUCUUUGAGAAUUUGCGGCAUGUCCCCCCUGCACCUGGCGUUCAGAUCGGAGGUUCUGCUGAGACAGGUGAAACGAGCUGGGGCUAUUGGUGUCCUUCUGAUUUGAUCUACAGCACCGCGAGAUCCGAUGAUCGACGAAGAUGA